AAUUAAUGCAGAGGAAGUUGACACAUUUGAACCAAAACCUCCUGGACUUGAGAGGUUUAAAGGUGUGAUGAAGAUGAUUUGGGUGUUAAGACGUGAACUGUUUCCGUUAUAAACCAAUCCUGAAUGCCCUGAAGCUUCACGACACCUCGCGACAUUUGGCGGCAGAGUUUGCGGGGCUUCCGACCGCCAGCCAAUCAGAUUCGAUGCACCGGGCAGGCUGCGCAGUAGCUCAGCCAAUCACAGGCCGGUAGAGGAGCGGGACGGUCCGCCGCUCUGCCGCGUCCCCGCCGCAGCGUCCCAUCCACUCUGCCGGGCGAUCUGCCGCUCCGUGCCGCUCCGCGCCUCGUCGGGGACGUCGCAGCAGCGGUUGCUAGCCGACAGGCGGCCCCUGCUCUCCGGCUGGGAUGUGACAGAGCUGCAGCGGACGGAACCGACUACAGUCCUCAUCACCGGACCGACCGGGACCAGCGGCACCGUAACGGGCUUGAAUCGGCUGUAGCUGCUCCUCUUCCUCCCCCUCCCCGCAGGUUCAGGAUGGAGGACUCGGAGACGGAGCUGGCGGUGUCGGAGUCAGACGCUCUGGGCGCCGACUUCAUCACGGUGGAGCUGGACACGCAGCCCAUCGAGUAUGUGGUGAAGUGGGCGGAGGUCGGCUCCAAGUUCACCAUCUCCUGCGUCAAGAAGGAGUCGGAGGAGGCGUCGGACCUGACCGCCGACCAGCUGAAGAUCGAGACGGACGAGGCCUUCUUCGCGCCCUACGAGGAGGUGUACCCCUGCGAGGUGACGGAGCAGAGCGUGGAGAUAAAGACGGACUCCGACGAGGACGAGGAGGAGGACGGCGAGGAGGAGCAGGAGGUGCUGGUGGAGGCGGGGAGCAGCCAGCUGGACGGCGAGGUCGACUCGGACCAGGCCGACUUUGAGCCCGACGAGCGCCAGUACCGCUGCAGCUACUGCGGCAAGAGCUACAGCCACGCCUCCAGCCUGUACCGCCACCAGCAGACGCACAGCGGGAGGAGCGCCGGGCCGCCGCCCGCCAAACGGGCGCUGGAGCCCACGCACCAGGAGGCGCGCUACACCUGCCCCCACUGCGGGAUGAGCUUCAAAGGCAGCAGGAUGCUGGGGAGCCACCUGCGGCUGCACGGGAAGCGGCGGAUCCACCCCUGCAACAUCUGCGGGAAGGAGUUCAACCACAGCUCCAGCCUGUCCCGCCACCGCCUCAUCCACAAGAAAGGCAAAGGGCUCCCCAAGGACGUGGCGCUCGGCCCCAACAUGGCCGCCCUGCGCCACUCGCUCAAGUCCGGCGCCAAGAACAAGAAGACCAAGCGGCAGCAGCAGCAGCGGCAGCAGCAGCAGCACGUGGCGUCCGCCAUCAUCCAGAGUCAGGGCGGCGACAAGUUCUACGCCUGCCCGCAGUGCGACAUGAGCUUCAGGACGUCCACGCAGCUGUCCAAGCACCAGGUGACGCACGUCAAGGAGCUGCUGGACAACUACACGCCCGGCAAGGAGAACCUUGGCGAGACCUCGUCGGACCUCAAGAUCCGCCUCAAGCUCUGCUCCCGCGACAAGCCCAACUUCUACACCCUCUGCAAGAAGAACCGCCGCCGCCGGGGGGGGCGGGCCGGUAAACGGGGCCCCGCCACCUCCUCUGAGGAGGACGGCGGUGGCGGCGUGGGAGGAGUCGGAGCAGGGCGCCACGGCUGCGGCCAGUGCGGGAAGCGGUUCAGCCACGCCUCCAGCCUGGCGCGGCACCAGCAGACCCACAGGGCGGUGGAAGGCGGCGGGCGGGGGAAGCUGCAGCAGCACCACCACCAGAAGCAGCUUCACGUCAAGACCGGACUCCCCGGCGCCGCCAAGACCAAGACCUACACCUGCGCCGCCUGCAACAAGACCUUCAUGCACUCGUCCAGCUUCUCCCGCCACAAGAAGGCGCACCUGGAGGAGGAGCAGCGCGCCCAGGCCGCCGCCGCCAAACGCCGGAAGAGGGACGACCUGGACGAGACCGCUCCGCUGGAGUCUGACUCCGAGUGACGCCACCAGGCUCUGGACUGGGUUUGGACCGGUUCUGGACCUGUUCUGGGUCAGUUCUGAAUCAGCGCUGACUGGUUCUGGACUGGUUUGGGACCAGUUCAGGAAAAGUUCUAAUUUGGAAAAGUUCUGGGCCAGUUCUCCACCAGUUCUGGACCAGUUGGGGACAGAUUCUGGGCUGCUCCGGCAGUUUGGUGGUCCAGGUUUUGGGAACUGGAUCUGGUUGAUUCUUCUCUGGUGUAGAUAGCAGCAGGACAUCCAUAUAUGGUCGUAUGGCGGGGGGAUCUCCACAUAUGGUCAUAUCCAUAUAUGGUCAUAACGGACCGUUAGCUAAUUGCUCUUAAGGAUGGGAUUAGAUUAAAGUGUUACCCCAAGCCCCGCCCCUGCCCCGCCCCAGGCCCCGCCCCCUCCACCUGUCUGUCAGGUGUCACACGGACGCUGUUCGCUUUCAUUCUGCACUCCAUUUCCCAUCAGCCACCUGGGGAGAGAGCUGGGAGCCACAGUCGGCUUCUCCUCUGCCUGCCGCGUUAUUUCCCAUCAGCCCCGGGCCAGGUCAGUUGACCGCUGUCCGUCAGAAUCAGCACGCUGAGCAUUCUGGGAAACUGAGUCAUGACGAGGGUCCGUUCGACUGUACGGAAGUUUAUCAACGACAACAACAAGCCCCGCCCCCUGCUCCUUUAUUAACCUUAUUUAUUAUUGUUUAGACACAAAGUCAGUUAUUUCUUACUCCUCCGAACAACAACAACCCCAAUUUAUUUAUUUUUGUUUCAGUUUACUCUCAGAAAAAAAUAUUCCCGAAAAUAUUGAUCAAUACAUUUAUGCCCAGAAAAAAAAAAAAAAACUUUCUUUUGUUUAUUAAUAAUAAUAAUAAAUGGUAUGUUAUUUUUAUUAAAUGUAUUAUGUUUAAUAAUCAUUUCUAAUAAUAAUGUAAUAUUGUAA